CUCCCUCGCUUUUCUAUCACUUACCACUCACUGCCAUUUCUUCCGGCCUGCCGUUGCCGUUGCCGUUGCCGCUGCCUUCUCUCUCUUCGGGGCGAUUUUAUCGUCAUCUCUAUGUCCUUAUCUAAUGCUCUAACUUUGAGCAAUUUAAUCUUUCAGAAUCAACAUUUCUGUCAAUUGCAAACCACUUUUUCUUCAGAGGGUUUGAUGUGACUGUGUGAGGAAAGCAACAAAUGACUGCUCGAACAAGUGUGCUCUGUGGUCAGGAGUCGAAAGAACAGCACCAUUUUUCUUUGAAACUGCAGAGCCAGAAAACAUCCUGUUUAAAAUGCCACAAGGUGGUGAUUUAUUGGUUUGUAGUAACUGGGACUGUCCAAUAGUCGUUCAUGAGAGCUGUAUGCUUUCUGUUGCUCGCUUUGAUGACUCAGGGGGCUUUUAUUGCCCAUAUUGUUUAUAUAAGGAAUCCCUUGUUGAAUGUCACCAAGCCAAGGAAAAGGUGUUAUUGGCCAAUAAAGCUCUUAUCAAUUUUCUAGAUACAAGGACUAGGAUUGAUGCUGAGCCUACAAAAAAUUCAAGAAGUUUGAAGAGGAAAAAACCAGAUGCACCAUUGAUUUUUAAGAACAAGGAUGGUGCUAUGGUAGAAUGUAAUGAAGUUCAUCAGCCUAUGCAGUUGGGAGGUGGUCAUCUAGAUAAUAGUCAGUUUCUUGAGACACUUUCUGGUAAUCAACAGGAAUCAAGGCCAACAAGAGGUAACUGUAUAGGAAAGGGGUCCCCUGCCAAAAAUGAUGAAAAAUUAGACAACAAAAGUAAUGAUAUUGGAGACUCUGGAAUUACAGACAAAUCACAAGUAAAAUCAUCAAAAAGUUCUGUCCUUCCUACAAAGGAGUAUAUUAUGUUAGUGACACAAAAUCCAACCAAUGAGCAUGGACAAACUGCAAAGACAGUGUUAGGGAGUUUAGAAAAAGGGGUAGAAAGGGAGCAGUGGCAGACAGAUCCUCAAGAAACUCCUUGGUGCAUGACUAACAGCACAUUGGAGGUAAAUGAAGAGCCUUGCAAGGGAAACGAUUCUGCAUUGCAAGAUGGCUGUUAUGUGGAAACUCAAGUUUUAGACACUUUUGAUCGACCUGGUGAAACUAGAGAAGGUUUUAGCAUGACCCAUGAAGAGUGUAGAAACACAACUGAUGUCCAUCCUAUGAGGAAGGAGAGAAAUUCAUUUCCGCAGAGAGGAUUAGGUAAAUCAACGAUAAAGCAUCUAGAAAUUGAACAGACUAUGGAAAUAUAUCAUGAUAUAAGGGAUGACAAUGCUAUUGUGAUAACUGGAAAACCUGAUGGGAUAUGUGAUUGUGCAUAUAAAGAUGAUGACCCUGUUCUAAGACAAAGGAUAAUAAAUUCAGGGAAUAACAGUCAAGAUGCUGGAGUAGGGAAAUAUCAGUCUCAAAGGGCUGAUGAAGAGCGAACAAACCUGAAAUCACCCAUUAGUCCUGCCUGUUAUACAAAGAAGGAUAACGACACAGUGAUACAUGAAAAGUCAGGAAAUUCAAAUAAAAAAAUUGAAGAAACUUCAAAGCCAGUGGAUCAAUAUAACAAUGGACAAGUAGAAAAGGUGCAGACACAUGAAGAGUCUCAAAAAGAUUGCUAUGGAAGUGCAGGGGAAAUCAAAAUUCAAGUAAAAGCUCUACAAGAUGAUGUGUAUACUACAAGAGAAAACAAUGCAGCAGUGACACAUGAAUUAGGAAUUUUGGCAAGCAAGCAUUCGGAAACUAAAGACUCAUUAGAGAAGAAUCAUGACAGAGUGGCAAAGAUGGAGCAGCCACAGACAAAACGUCGAAGCACCAGGAAUAAUGACAAAAAAGAGAUGGCUGAAGAAUCUGAUGUAGAAAAUUGCAGUUCAUCCCACUGUGGAAUGACCAAUGAUGGGAAAACAAGAGUAAAUUCACAAAAUAACUCUCCCCAAAUUACAAGAAAUGGAAGUUUAUCUGUGUCAGCUGAAGAAUUUGGCUCUGCAGACGAGUCAUCUAAUACUGAGUACCUGGAGCGAGGAAGUUAUGCUGUGCCAAAAAGGAAAAUGCAAAAGAACUUGAAAAAUGAUAUACAGCAUGGAAAAUUUUCUGGAAUAUCUAAAAAUGAAGGUGAAUCAAGACACAAAGUGGAAUCCAUAAAACAAAUCCAGCGAACAACUACUUUGCCUGCUGCGAGACGUUGGAAGUUACCAUGGACAGCAGAAGAAGUAGAAAUGCUGAAGGAAGGUGUGCAGAAAUUUUCAUUGGCAACUAAUAAGAAUAUCUCAUGGAUAAAAAUUUUGGAAUUUGGACGACAUAUCUUUGAUGGGACGCGUGUUCCAACUGAUCUUAAAGACAAGUGGAAGAAGAUAAAGGGUGAAGGGUAUGCAAAUACUGAUGCAAAAUGAAAUCAAAGUAGCACAACUACUUACUAUACGGGUCAGACAUUUUAGUUUUACGUUGUCACUGCAUUUACAUGCUAACUAUUUGGUUGUAGAAAUUUAGGUUGUCAAGAAAACAGGUUGGGGAGAGUGAGGGAUAGCUCAAGUAGUUAGAAUUCCCCUCCCAGUUCCAGGUGAUCCUGGGAUCGAUUCUCAUCACUCGCCCUUGUGGCUCUCCUAACACCAAAAAAAAAAAAAAAAAAAAAAAAAUACAGGUUGGUAUUUUUUCAUCUAUGAGUAAGAUGGAAUAGGAUAUGUAUAUGCUAUGCUCUCAAGAAUACACGAGACUUUAAAAUUUUGAAUUUUUGCUUAUUGCUCUUCAAUGCUUAAGCGUUGCAACAUGUCUAUUUUACACCCGGGUACAUCAUAUAUAUAAGUUGCACCAAUCUUUAGUGAGAAUUUACCCUACAUUUUUACUCCAUCUUGCUCCUUGAGGGUUCUUUCUCUUAGGUAUUAAAAAAUACUCGUAGUAGGAGCAACAAUGUUAGAAUAUCACUAAAGUGUAUCCAAUUAUGUUUCUUUCUUUUUAUCAGAUUAUAAUGGAAUAACAAUUGAUCCAAGGGUAUGUGCAUGACUACCUAGAUCUCAGAAAGCCUUUUGGAAUUUGCACCGACUUCUUAUGAUCAAGUUUUUCAUCUCAAAAUUGUUUUCGCAGCAGGAUUAUUAUUCUUUGUUUUAGUGCAAACAACUAGUAUAGUACUCAUGCUAUGC